AUGAACAUGACCAUAAAUGUGGACUACAAAGUCAUUGCUGACAAUAACUUCAGUGCACAUCCAAAUGACACACAGGCAGUCGCCUCCGAUUGUCCGGAGGCAGCUUCGGAUAAUUAUUAUUUUAUCAGCCUCAUCCUCUCCAGCCUCUACACCAUAUUCCUGUUUCCUGUCGGUCUUGUUGGGAAUAUCCUUAUUAUAGUGGUCAACCUUAACCACAGGGGCCGCAUGACACCUCCAGAUUGCUACUUCGUGAAUUUGGCCAUGGCUGACCUCUUUCUGGUAGCUGACUCUCUGAUUGAGGUGUUCAAUCUUAAAAAGGGCUACUACGACAAGGCCGGCCUCUGCACUUUCAUGAACCUCUUCCAACAGGCCAACAUGUACAGUAGCGUCUUCUUUCUGACCUGGAUGAGCCUCGACCGCUUCGUCGCGCUGACCAACUCCAUGGGUCGCAGCAUACCACACGCACGGCUCAGCUGCUGCCUCAUCUGGACGUCUUCGUCCCUGCUCACCUUGCUGCCUUUCGCUGUAGCUCAAGUGCAACACGCCGGAGAGCUUCAUUUCUGCUUCGCCAACGUGACUCAGAUUCAGUGGCUGGAGGUGAUGCUGGGAUUCUUGCUGCCCUUCUGCAUCCUGGGGGUGUGCUACUGGAGAAUAGCACGGGUGCUCAAAUGCAGCCUCUGGGAACUAAACAGCCCCCUGCAGAGGCCUCGCAGGCAGAAAGCCCUGCGACUCAUCUCAGCCGCUGUGGUCGUCUUCUUCCUCUGCUGGCUGCCAGAGAACGUGUUUAUAAGUGUGCACCUCGUGAGGGGCGACACGAACGGGGGCACGCUGUGGCAGGAUUACCCCUUGACAGGUCACGCCGUCAGGCUGGCGGCUUUCUCCAACAGCUGCCUGAAUCCUCUCAUCUACGGCUUCCUCGGGGAGGCCUUUAGGGAAAAGUUGAGGCUUUUUUUCCAGGAUAAAAGCCGAUGGUCCAAGCUGAACAGGACCCCCUCGAGAAAACCCAUCAACGAACCAGCAGCAAAGGACGACAGUAUGAGCAACUCAUCACAUCCAAACUGUGACAUCCUCCUGCCAACUGAGUACCCUCCUUGAAUAAACUGUAUAUACAUGGUUUCACCAAAACACAUGAAAAUCAUCUGUGCUGUGGGGUAAAAGCGCCAUUCAGUGCUAAAUAUC